ACACCCGCCGUACAAAAAGAGGUUUAGCGCGGUCUAGUAAACUGGGUCUUUUCUGUUUCGCCCUUUUUCUCCGUAAUUAUUCGUUUGUUCGUCUGUUCGUUCACGAAAGCGUUUGUCCCGGCAUCGUAGCUCCGUGGAAAGUGUCCAACGAUCUCUUGUUCUUUAGCAGACAAACGCAGUUCAAGAACCCCGAGUUGCAGUUCUGCCGCUGCGCUUUACGGAUUUUCAGAGGGGUAGGAGUAACCGGGGUUCGUUUCGGUUCUUUCGAGCUUGGCGCUGAUCGCUGUACUGUCAGGGUUCCGCACAGCCGUUUCUACGCAGAUUGCCGGCCGGCUAUGGAACAGCAACCGAAGAAGCGUGGACGCCAAGCAAGAGCAAGUAAGGAAAACGAACCGUUGGCAACCGUUGAACAGACCACCGAGAACAUGGAGCCAAGCGUUCCUAAGCCAAAGGGUAAGGCCGCACGCAAAAAGCCGUCCGACGAAGUGAAACCCAGCAUCGAAUCAAUCAAAGACGCCGUCACCGAUGCGGUGAAGCAGGAGGAACCCGGUACGGAGUUGAACGCAGCGAACGGAGAGAAGAAGCCAGCAACGAAAACUGGCGGUCGUGCCAAGAAGGAAAAAGUGACCAAGGCUGAAGUGGCCAAAGAACCAAAGGUGAAACGAGUGGCGGAGAAAAAACCGAAGGGGAAGGGAAAGGCUACGGAAGAAGGAGCACAGGAAGAGGCUGAGCAGCCUCCGGCAGUUCUGCAAGAGGUACCACUAGCCGAGAUUGAAAAGAAGGUGCGCGGAAAGGCUGCUAAGACCGUCAAAGCUACUGCUGAAGCGGAAGAACCCACUGUCGCCAAAACUGGCCGUGCUAAAAACGACAAAAAUGCAAAGCCUGCUGAAGACACGAAAAAUGAAUCUCCUAAAAAAGUCGAAAAGAAGCCUGCUCCAGCCAAGCGAGGAAAAAAUACAAAAGAAAAAAAUCCGGAACCAGCGGCGGAUACCGCCGAAGAGAAGAAGGUUGUCGAGGAUGCUAACAUUGCCGAAGUGACCACCAAAAAGGGUCGCGGAAAAGCUAAGGCAGCGAUCCCAGAAGUGGAAGCAAGCGAUCAACUUGUAACGAAGCGCAAACCCAAGGGGAAGGAUGUAUCUCCAAUGGCAACCGCAGAGCCAGCAGAGCCGGUUGCUCCUACUAAAACGGUAGCCAAACUCACGGGUCGUGGCAAGAAAAAAGCGGAACCGGAAGCAAAUGACGAUGCCCCGAGUGUUGCUAAGUUACCAAGAGUGGCGGGUAAAGGGAAACGCGGUGCAGCCUCUAAGAUGGUCGAUGCCGUCCCCGUCGAUGCAGAACCAGCGGGAGCAGAGGUUGGUGCCGAGGAUAAGAAAAGCGAAACUAAAGAAAGCCCAUCGGUGAGAGGUAAAGGGAACGUACUUACAAACUUUAUACGCAAAAUUACCCAACGAAAGCGACGUAAGGUAGAGUCCGAGGAGGAAGCGGAAGAACCGGCAGCAGAACCGAAGGCGACAGCAAAGAAAGGCAAGAAGGCAGCAGCGACGGCGGCUCCGAAAAUGAACAAAUGUUCCACAGACUACAGCGCACUCAGCUUUGAACCGGAGCAGUCGAGUGUGCUGUGGAACUACAAAAUUUCCAGCUGGAACGUCGCCGGUCUGCGUAGCUGGGUGGGCAAAGGAGGGCUGGAUUUCAUCGAGCACGAGCAACCGGACAUCCUGUGCCUGCAGGAGACAAAGUGUACCGAGGACCAACUGCCGGAUGAGGCACGCCACAUUAAGGGCUACCAUCCGUACUGGUUGUGCAAACCGGGUGGCUAUGCGGGCGUAGCAAUUUACUCGCGUAAAAUGCCCAUCCACGUCUCGUAUGGACUGGGGGAUGAAGAGCAAGAUCAGGACGGCCGGCUGCUGACGGCCGAGUAUGAAAAGUUCUACCUCGUCUGCGUGUACGUACCGAACGCAGGCAACAAGCUGGUCACUCUGCCAAAGCGAAUGCGUUGGGAUGAAAAGUUCCAUCAGUAUCUGCGGGACCUUGAUAGCAAGAAACCGGUCAUACUCUGCGGUGAUAUGAAUGUGGCACAUGAGGAGAUUGAUUUGGCCAACCCAAAGACCAACAAGAAGAAUGCUGGCUUCACACAGGAGGAGCGAGACGGUAUGAGCAAAUUGCUUUCGUUCGGCUUUGUCGAUACAUUCCGCCAGCUGUAUCCGGAUCGUAAGGCCGCCUACAGUUUCUGGACGUACAUGGGUGGUGCAAGGGCUAAAAAUGUUGGCUGGCGGCUGGACUAUUUCAUCGUUUCCCAGCGGUUCGCCGACAAAGUAACCGACAAUGUAAUGCGAUCGAAGGUGUAUGGUAGCGAUCACUGUCCAGUAACAUUGUUUUUAAACCUCUAAACCAGCCGAUCUGCAGGGGAUUGUGCGCUUUGUGUUAUGAAAGUAUUGUAUGUUUGGUUUUUCAUGUGCUAGACUACUGGCAGUCUACGGUAUCCUCAUACAUCUACAUAUAAAUACGAUUUUUUGUUGCAAAACCUAAAACUUUAUUCUAUAUCUGAACAUGUUUGUAAAUCUCCUCGGCGAGAUACAUAUGAGUACUUUGCAAUGUGUCUUAUGAUAGUUUGCUUUAUGUGUUUGUGUAUUGCUUCCUCCGCAUAGUUAACUAAACUAUGACGAAAUUUUAAAGAAGCCGAAGAAGCACGUUCGAUGCGAGACUUGCAUAACUAUUUCUCAUUCCCUUCUUUCUAGCUACUCUGAGUUUUUAUGAAAUAAAAUUGUAUUUUAACCAUA